AUGGAUGCAGAUUCUUGGGCUGCUCGUCUUUCUUCUGCCUCCAGGCGUUAUCAAUCUGUUCUUCAAUCUCGAUCUGGGAUAAAGUGGGAGGGUCUCAAUGUAGAAAUGUUAAUGGGAUUCGAGGAAAUGGACAUGGAUGAUGAUGUAAGGGAGGAGUAUCCAUGCCCGUUCUGUUCGGAAUAUUUUGAUAUUGUGGGACUCUGUUUCCAUAUAGAUGACGAGCAUCCUGUAGAAGCAAAGAAUGGGGUGUGUCCAAUUUGUGUGAUGAGGCGCAAGAGAAAAUCACUUAAAGCUGGUUCACAUUCAACACUAUCCUUGUUGAGGAGGCAACUAAGGGAAGGAAAUUUGCAGUCUCUCUUUGGAGGGUCUUCCUGUAUAGUAUCUUCAAGCAAUGCAGCCCCAGACCCAUUGUUGUCAUCAUUUGUUUCGCCAGUGGGUGAUGAUUUCACGAGUGCUCAAUCACACUCUUCAUCAAAGUCAAAUUCAGUGAAGAAAAGCUCUGCCAGAAAUGUUUUAGAAAGAAAGGUCCGAGAAGCUCCCAUGUCUAUCAAAGAUCAAGAGGAGAAGUCACAGAGAUGCACAUUUGUUCAAGGAAUGCUGUUGUCCACAAUUAUUGUUCAUGAUAACGUAUGA